AUGAAGCUGAGGAAGAGCGAGGAACCGCUCCCGGCGAGAGCGGUGGCUCUGAUCAUUGUCCUCUGCGUAUCGGGGAUGAGAGCAGAAAGCGCUCGGUACUCUGUGCCCGAAGAGGCGGAGAGUGGCUCUUUCGUGGCGAAUAUCGCUAAGGAUUUGGGACUAACCGGUGAGGAAUUAUUGGCUCGUCAGGCUCGACUCGUUCCUGAAGGAGAAAAGCAGUAUUUACAACUGAACCAGCACACCGGGGAUUUGGUGGUGGGAGAGCAGAUGGACCGGGAAGAGCUGUGUGGACAGAGCGAGCCCUGCUUGGUGCGUUUUGAGGUGCUGCUGGAGAACCCGCUGCAGUCCUUCCGAGCUGAGGUAAGACUCACCGACAUAAAUGAUAAUUCUCCUGUGUUCUUAAAUAAAGAGAUUGUUUUAAAGAUCCCGGAAUCUGCACUGCCGGGGACUCGGUUUUUGCUGGAAAGCGCUCACGAUCCAGACGUGGGGAACAACAGUCUUCAGCAUUAUAGUAUCAGCUCGAACGAAUAUUUCCUUGUGUACACCCGGCGGCGAAGUGACGGCAGGAGGUACGCCGAGCUGGUGUUGGAUCGAGCCCUGGAUAGGGAGCAGCAGGCAGAAGUUGCUUUCAGCAUCACGGCUGUGGAUGGUGGGACCCCACCGCGUUCUGGCACAGCUUUAAUCCGCGUGAUAGUCCUGGAUGUAAAUGAUAACAUCCCGGUAUUUUCCCAGACUCUGUAUAAAGUCUCUGUAAUGGAAAAUAGCUCACAGGAUACCAUCGUGGUGGUAGUGUCUGCUAGUGAUUUGGACUCAGGCACAAAUGGAGAGAUCGUCUAUUCCAUAGUUCAAAAUUCAGAGGAAAAUUUAGAGACAUUUAAAAUAAACCCAGAGACAGGUCAGAUUCGACUCAAAAAGCUUUUGGAUUAUGAAGAAACAAAAACCUACGAGAUAGAUGUUCAGGCCUUAGAUGGAGGGGGCCUGUCCACGCAUUGCAAGGUGGAGGUGCAGGUGAAGGAUGUGAACGAUAAUGCCCCCGAGGUGAUCAUCACCUCCACCAGCACCCUCUCUGAAGCCGCUCCGCUAAACACCGUGGUCGCUCUCUUCAACGUGCGGGACCGGGACUCGGGGGACAAUGGCAGGACAGCCUGCGAGCUGACAGGAGAGCAACCCUUCAGGAUCACGCUGCUGGCAGCUGACGCGUACGCGCUGGUGACAUCAGAGACGCUGGACCGGGAGCAAGUGGAGGAAUACAACGUGACGGUGCGAGCUCGAGACGAGGGCUCCCCCGCCCUCUCAGCAUCCAAGACCCUGCUCGUGCGGCUCCUGGAUGUGAACGACAAUGCGCCCACCUUCACCCAGGCUAUUUACACCAUGGUGAUCAGCGAAAAUGAGCCCGCGGGGAGGAGCCUGGGCCGCCUCACUGCCACGGACCCUGAUGCGGGAGAAAACUCACGCGUGAGAUACGCGCUAGUGAGGCCACUGACAGGCGCCCUCGCCGCGGCAUCAUUCGUGUCAGUGGACGCGGAGAGUGGAACCGUCCGGAGUUUGCGCCCGCUGGACUAUGAGAAGGUCCCCUCCUUCGAGGUGACAGUGAGCGCAGCCGAUGGUGGCUCCCCGCCGCUCAGCGCCCAGGCCGUGCUUCGCGUGGUCGUGCGGGACGAGAACGAUAACGCGCCCGUGCUGCUGCACCCGGCCCCCGACAGCAGCGCGGCCGGAGAGCUGGUGCCGCGCUGGGCACCCUCCGGCUACCUGGUGGCCAAGGUGGUGGCGGUGGACGCGGACGCGGGGCAGAACGCGUGGCUGUCGUACGAGCUGGCCAAGGCGACGGAGCCGGGGCUGUUCCGCGUGGGGCUGCACAGCGGCGAGGUGCGCACGGCGCGGGCCGUGUCCGAGCGGGACGCGGCCCGGCAGAGGCUGAUCGUGCUGGUGCGGGACCGCGGGCAGCCGGCGCGCUCUGCCACCGCCACUCUCGCCGUGGCACUGGUGGACAAUCUCUCUGAUGCCUUUCACCAGCUUGGUCAUGAUCCUGCCAGCGGACAGCAGCCGCAGACGGCAGAGGAGGAAAUGCUCACCACUUACCUCAUCGCCUCCCUGUGCUGCGUCUCGUCCCUUUUCCUCUUGUCUGUCCUCGUCCUGACAGCGAAUACGCUCUGCAAAGCUCGCGUCCGCGCAGAACUUCCUCCUCCUUCUCCCAGCUGUUAUGUGGACGGAGACUUUGCCAGCGAUGGCGUGGCCGUGGGCAGCACGGGAACUCUGUCACUGCCUUACCGCUACGAAAUGUGUCUGACCAGCGGCUCGGGGAGGAGCGAAUUCCAGUUCCUGAGGCCCAUCCUGCCCAGCCCUCCUAUCAAUGCUGAGGCUGGGCUGGACAAGGACAAGGAGCCACUACACCACUCGCAGCCUGCCUGCGACAGGGAAGACAAAGCGGGGGGCACAGCCGCUCCUCCCUAUUAG